AUGUCCAGCUCGAGUACAUGUGCUUCUUCUAUCGAGCUCGUUUUCCCCGUUGCCUCGAUAUUCACCAGAAGCUUCGGCCAGAAGAAAAUGGACUGCUGGGUCAGCUGUGACAAGAACUAUACUGGGUUCAAGUUGAGGCCUCGUGGGGACAACCACAACCUCCACAUGACCGCCUCAGUGGGGGAGUACCGCUCGAUAGCCCUGUCAUCGGGGAACAGCAAGAAGAAGAACCCUCUGCUAAGAGUGCUCAGAGGUGACGAGAAGAGCAACCAUUGGAGGCUUUGCUAUCGCUGCCCGACUUGUCCACAGCAUAACACGUUCUACACGGAUUUCGUCACCGCUUUCAACUACGGCGGCACCGAGACCGAGUUCACCAUGGAUCUCCGUCCAGCUGAUCGCUGGUGUCGCUGCCGUGCCAGCGAGGGCGGGAGCGCACCGAGGUCGAAAAGGGGGGAUAAACGCCUAGUGGUCCGCAUCAAUGACGAGGAGCACUCACCCUACUUUUUCAAAGUCGUGGACGAGACCGGCAAAGUGUGUUUGAAAGCAGUGAGGAGCUCGGCUACGACAGAUGCAGGAGACGACACUAUUGGCCUCACCUUCAAAGAGCCCUUCAACGUCGCUGCUGCAUUCGGGCUGACUAUAGCCGUUGCCACCGCUUGGAAGGAGAGGCAACCCAGUAAAAAUAUCGUGAAGCGGCUCACAAGGCAAUGCUCGACAAGAGCUGAGGAGACCUUGGAAAAGCUGUUAAGGAUAGCGAGAAGGUCGAUAACAUGUGGUACGGCGAAAAAGGCAGACUCCAAGUAG